AUGUGUUUUGGAAGGUUUACUCGGUGUGUUGGGUAUAAGUUGCUCAUCCUUGCCUUGCUCAGCAUCGUGGCCAACGUUUUACUGUAUUUUCCCAAUGGUGAAACAAGAUUUGCUUCAGAGAAUCGUCUUGGCAAAUACGUGGAGUGCCUUCAUGGCAUUCUAGGUGGAGGCAUCUUGGUACUCAUCCCAGCUAUAGUGUUCAUUGUGCUCCAAAAGGAUGGCUGCUAUGGCUACGAGAACUGUGGGAAGGGCUGUGUGGUGCUGUGCUCAGUUGUGGCAUCCUUAAUUGGGCUCCUUGGUUCUGGAUACUGUAUCAUCAUUUCAGCACUCGGCUUGUCUUAUGGACCAUAUUGUUAUACUCGCCUAGGAAGAAACUGGAUCUAUCCUUUCACUGAAUCCUCUGGAGGGUACCUGCUUGAUUACAACAGGUGGGCUGAAUGUCAAGAACCUCGAAACAUCGUGCAAUGGAACAUCACUCUCUUUUCCAUCCUCCUUGUCUUGGGCGCAAUAGAGUUCAUCCUCUGCUUCAUCCAGAUCAUCAAUGGCGUUCUUAGCGGACUGUAUGGAGCAUGCUGCCGUCAUGAGGAGACAUAUGGUUGCUAG